AAGACGAACGUCGAAAUUUUCGACACGAAUAUUUGUGGACUAGCAAUAAAUUUGUAAAAAAGUUAACACCAUGUUGAAAGCCGUGUCGCGUGCAUAUGUGCGUGGCGGUGCCCAGGCACUGUCUACUGGCCUCAAGACGAGCGGCGCUGCUGUCAAUACUAUUGCUAGCCGCCAGGCACACACCGAUCUGCAAGUGCCCGACUUCACCGCCUACCGUCGCGAUUCUGUCAAGGAUAGUCGCCGUCGCAAUGAGUCCGCCGAGGAGCGCAAGGCAUUCUCCUACCUUCUGGUUGGUGGCGGAGCCGUUGGAGGUGCCUAUGCUGCCAAGGGUUUGGUCAAUGCCUUCCUGGGAUCGAUGAGCGCCUCGGCCGAUGUGCUGGCCAUGGCCAAGAUCGAGAUUAAAUUGGCGGACAUCGCCGAGGGCAAGUCCGUGACAUUCAAAUGGCGUGGCAAGCCGCUGUUCAUCCGUCAUCGUACUCAGGCCGAGAUUGAUACGGAACGGGGUGUGCCCACAUCGUCGCUUCGUGAUCCGGAAACUGAUGAUCAACGCGUCAUCAAGCCCCAGUGGCUGGUGGUUAUUGGCGUGUGCACGCACUUGGGAUGUGUGCCAAUCGCGAACUCUGGUGACUUCGGUGGCUACUAUUGCCCUUGCCACGGCUCUCACUACGACGCAUCGGGCCGCAUCCGCAAGGGACCGGCGCCCCUGAACCUGGAAGUUCCCACCCACGAGUUCCCCGAUGAGGGCACCCUCAUCGUUGGUUAGAAACAUUUACAGUGUUAUCGUUUAAGCCCCGCAGAAGAAAACCAACAAAAUAGUGAAUGGAUUGAUGUAAAUUAAUAAAAACAACCAAACAGAA